CACCACACCUCCUAUGACGCACCAAUCACUAUGCCAAACCCUAAAACCUCAUCCACCCCUCUGACGAUCUUCGAUCUCAUACAUGAUCUUCACAAGACUAUCACAACAGCCAUCGAUAGUAGUCUCUCAUGGGAUACUCUGAACUCCCCACCUGUGGAUUACUCUCUCGUCCGACCUAUCGUCGAGCGGUUCCGAUUUGGGGAUAAGGAGCAGAGGGGGUCUGGUUCGAGUGAAUCGAAGUCAAAAUUGGGAGAAGGGAGGAGAGAUUAUACAACUAGCGGUGAUCGAGGUGAAACGGGACAUGUGUCGAGGAAUGAAGGUGGGAUAGAAGAGGGAGUGGGAUUGGGAGGUUUGUUAUAUGCUUUGAUGGUCAAUAGAAUACGAUUCAUGUCCCUCGCAAGACAAGAUCUAAGUUGGGCACCUCUACAAUGUUCCAGAGCUGCGUUCUGUGAAUUACUGGCUAUGAAACUCCUCAGGACAGUUUCCCAUAAAGAAGACGAAGCUGAAUUAGUUGGAGAGUUGGUCAGAGGUUGGUGUCCUUUUGAUGGAGCGCCAGAGGAAGUUUGGGCUUCCAUGGGUUCGGAAGCGGAUGAUGUCAAAGAGACCACCGGGAGUGCUCUUGAGCUCGCCAUAGUGUCCACCUCCAAACACUUUCUCUCCCUACCUCUCAUUCAACAUCUGAUCAACGAAAUCUACCUAGGUCAUCUGGUUUACUCCCCCCUCGCAUCGCGUGCGCUCAUUUCCGAUAUGUACGUCUCCGAACGCACUCGUCAACUACGACAGCCCCAUUCCACUCUCUCUCGUGUGUGCAACGGUCCGCCUGAGAAGGAAGAUUUAGCAGAAGUUUAUGUCUAUGACCCUUUUACGGCUGGUUGGCUAGACCACCAGAGGUUGAGAGUACCAAAGUGGAGGUGGUGGUUGGAAUUUGGAAGCUUUGUUGUGUUGCUCGUGUUGUUCGUGACUACUUUAUCUCUGAAAGACAUGUCGAAAUUAGGAGUGGCGGAGGUCAUGUUCAUGGUCUUUGCUUUGGGGUUCGCUCUAGACGAAUUCGCAACGUCCAAAGAGCAUGGCUGGACAGUCUAUGCGGCUAACGCUUGGAACGCGUUCGACAUGACCUUUAUAGCCAUAUUUUUCGUAUACUUUGUGAUCCGCAUUGUUGCCUUGGCUUCUCGAUCUCCCAACACUUCGGAUUUAGCAUUCGAUAUUCUUGCUAUCGGCGCUUGUAUCCUUUUCCCUCGUCUGGUUUUCUUCUUGAUCAAAGACAAUGUUGUUAUCCUCGCUCUCCGAGCGAUGAUCAGUCGGUUUCUCAGCUUCAUGGGUUUGACCAUCCUGGCUUUCACUGGCAUUGGCUUUUGCCUUUGGACCUUGGCCCGAGGUACUUGGUCUGUCCGACAGAUCAUAUGGCUCAUGCUUCUGAUCGCUGAGUGCUCUUUAGACCUUGUUGACUUGACAGGUUUCUCAUCAUCCGAAUCGUUCCAUCCCAUAUUUGGUCCUAUAGUGCUCAUCGGUUACGCUGCAUUGUGCAAUGUUCUACUAAUAACUAUCCUCAUUGCCAUCCUGUCCAACAAAUUUGCCGAGAUACAUGGCAACGCUCAGGAAGAACAUCUCUUCCAACGAGUGGUCACCACUGUCGAAGGUGUCAAAAGUGAUGCUGUAUUCUCGUAUUAUCCUCCCGUCAACCUCCUCGCAUUCUUCUUCCUCGUUCCCUUGAGCUGGACGUGUUCGCCUAGGACAUUACACCGCAUCAAUGUAUUUGCCAUCCGUGUGACCAACUUUCCCAUUUUGAUCGCUAUAUCCGCAUAUGAGCGUUGGAAGUAUCGCUCCAUACACAAACCAGUUCAUCUCCGCGGCUCGACAUUCGACAGUCUGCAGCGCACCGGUCUUUUCGACUCUAUAAUCGGUGGGGGCUCAGAAGUCCUUAUCGAGUCUGUGUUCCAGGUUGAACCCCUUGCCGACGAACCUGUCACACCUCCCAGAUCUCGCAGCGUCGUAUCUUCUGAUGCUGUCGAAGAAUUUCUCCCCGAUUUUCGACGUCAAUCUCGAGGUAUGGCAUUCGACUCUCCUCUCGCCAAGUUGUUUGGCACGCGUAACCCUUCACCCCCUCGACCAUCGAUCGCCGACACGUUGGCGAGCAAAAGUGAGGUAGAAUCCCUACAGGCUGAACUGAAAGAUGUUCGAGCGAGUCAAUUGAGGAUGGAAGAGCUGCUAUCAAAAGUGCUGGCUGGUGGGAUCAAGUGAAAAUGUCACGCUGGUUGUUCAAAGGGAAGUCGUCAACCAUACGUGUUCAACAC